GUCCAUUUGACCAGGCGCGCUUCCUCCCUCCCCUCCCUAAAUUCUGCCUGCUCUCUUCAACUCGUGUCGUCUAUUUGCUAGCCUGCGCGACGCUGCCGUCGGAUGUCAGAAACAGACCACACAUCGAUGUCAAACCCGGGCGCGGCGGAAGGGAAGGAGAUGGAGAGUCAGAGUCCAAGUCCGAAUAUCGCAGCGGUGGAGUUUCCGGAGGGCGGAGCGCAGGCAUGGUUGACGGUGCUUGGCGGGUGGAUGAUUGUUUUCUGUACUUUCGGUGCCAUCCAGUCGUAUGGGGUGUAUCAAGACUACUAUACGAGGGAGUCGUUGAGCGAGUAUCCGACGUCUGAUAUCUCAUGGAUAGGUUCAGUUCAGAUAUUCUUCCUGUUCUCGUUGGGACUCUUCAGCGGGAAGCUAUUUGACCAUGGGUACUUCAGACAUCUGCUGGUCGUCGGGAGCUUCAUCUAUCUUUUCUCCUCCUUUAUGCUCUCGCUCGUGAAGCCACACCGCUACUAUCAAAAUUUCCUCGCGCAGGGUGUCGGGAUGGGAGUUGGAAUGGGCAUCCUAUUCCUUCCAUCGCUGUCCGUCUCAGCUCACUACUUCCGUCGGAAACGAGGGUUGACGAUGGGCAUCAUCAUAGCUGGCAGCUCUGUCGGCGCCGUCUUGUACCCCAUCAUGCUCAACCACCUGUUUGUCUCUGUCGGCUUUGGGUGGGCCGUGCGCAUCGUGUCGUUCCUCGACCUGUUUCUUCUUGUCUCGGCAAACUGCAUUAUGCGGACGAGGCUCCCUCCAGCUCAGUGGGACGGCUCCAUAUACAGCCAAUGUCGGAGGAUAUUCAAGGACGUUAUAUUCUGGCUUGCGGUGUUUGGGAUUACUUUUGCGUGUUGGGGCUUGUUCGUUCCGAUCUUCUAUAUCCAGCUGUUUGCAAGCGAGCACCACGAGUCUGGCAUCGUCGAGAGUUACAUCGUUGCAAUCCUCAACGCCGCUGGGUUCUUUGGGCGUAUCGUUCCUAUGAUCAUGUCUGAUAUGUGGGGUCCGAUGAGCGUGAUAACGCCGAUGACAUUGAUCUCUGGCGGCCUCGUCUUUGUCAUGCUCGCUGCUACCAAAACGGGCGCUCUCGUCGUGUUCGCCAUAUUGUACGGGUUCUUUAGCGGAGGAGUUGUCUCGCUAGCUGCACCUGCAUCCGCGUCCUUCUCAGUUGACGUGAAGGAGAUCGGGACACGCAUCGGGAUUAUGACUUUCGUGACGAGCUUUGGGCUCCUUACUGGGAAUCCCAUAGCUGGUGUAUUGCUUCAUCCGCCUGCGUACGAGUGGUUGAAACCCCUGCUUUUUAGCGCCAUCACAGUCCUAGGAGGAGGCGCGUUUAUGCUCGUCGCAUGGUUUUUGCAGAUGAAACAUAAAACAUGAGCCUUGGUGUUUCACAUGACGUGGAGCAUUUUGAUUCUUGAACAUACACUUAUCGCUUGCCUACUUAUGACUUCUACUGCGCCGCUUCGGUAUCUUAAUCACCUUGUGUAACGAUAUUUUAGUUCAUUUCGCAUGCACUGUUGUCAUGUCCACACUCCUUGGCUAUUCGAAAAAGCUUAUUAGCGC